ACAAAAAGCAAAAAGAAAUAGGGACACUCGUCCAAGGAGCCUGGGAAAAGUAUCUUUCAAAAUGGCGAAGCGCUGGAAGUGGUUUGAUCGAGUUAAGAAUUCAGGGCAAAAUUCAUCGGAAAAAGAUAAAGUCAAGACUUCUCGCGUGCUUUUGGGGAAGCUUAAACAUUAUAAACCUUGUUACAGAAGUCUAUUUGAACUGGGAUUACCUCAAAACUCAUCAAAAUCGAGCAWAWWUUUCCCGCCACUCGACCCACYUUUGSCUCCAGAGAGAGUUCGUUUUGAAGGCCAAACAUUCCCUCAAUGGAAAAUACAAAGAGACUUCCAGAAAUUAAGCUUUAGACAACGAAGACGAUUAAAGCAAAGGAAAAUCUAUAUAUUACCAAUUGGUCCUUUUCCGAGCUUUGUUGGGGAGCGUAUUUAUGGCUUGGAAUUUUCUCUUUUUGAACUUCUUUGCAAGUUUGUGUCAUUAUUUUACCUUGGGUUUGAUGUGGAGUUGAGCGAUGUCGUAAACUUGGACGAACUCUGUUGUAAAACGAGAAUUCACGGUGGAACAGGCAAAAAACAAAUUCUUGUAGGAGAUGUUCUUUCUUACUUGCGUCAGUCCCUUCCUAAUGAUGCUUUUUUAAUCAUUGGUAUCACAUGGGAAGACAUGUAUCCUAGCGAURAAUGGAAUUUUGUGCUUGGAGAAGCUUCAUYGGUUGAUGGCUGYGCUGYUAUGAGUUUUGGUCAUUAUGAACCAAAACAGUCUCAAAGAAUAUAUGCAGKCAAUAAAAAAAGCACUGAUCAUGAAAAACAUUCUAGAACAGCUGAAGAGAAGGGDAAUCAAAAUGAGAAUUGGGAAAGUGAAAAAUUGGGAGAAUCAGUUAUAAGUCAUGAACUUGGGCAUGUUUUUGGUCUAACACACUGCGUCUAUUUUUCCUGUGCAAUGAAUGAAAGUUCAACUGUCCAGGAAGCAGUCAGCCAACCUCUUUUCAUGUGUCCAGUUUGCUUGAAGAAGAUCCAAACAGCUGUCGGUUUUGACAUAGCAGAGAGAUAUAACAAACUGCAAGAAUUCCUGGAAAUGGUAUAUUCUGGACUAAUAGGGACACUGGAUCAAGGAAACAAUGAUGAGUUGAAGUCAACCAAAGAGACUUUAGUGUCAGAGAACAAGGAACUUUAUCAACUGAAAAGGUUUUCUGAGGCUAUUGAUUGGCUUAAGAGUGUUCUUAUGUAUUUAGAAGAGGUUUGAUUGGAGGACUGUUUUAUCUGGGGGUAUGUAUCUAUAAAUGUAGCUUUAUUGUUAUUAUUUUUUUAUUUGCUUAUAGUGAGGAGAAUUAAACGUGCACAUUGUAUAAACAUUAGA